AUGGCAUACCUGAGAUUGGACAAAGGUUUGAGCCAAGCGGUCAGGAGCAACGUGCCUUCAUGCGUGCUAACUGUCGCAGACAACAACUUUGACUCGGACUGGAAGCAUGAAAUGAAGCGUGUCAGCGAGGGAUUGGCAGACCUGGAAUAUUGCGCAAAAAUGGAGAAAGAAGUCCCCGUGACUGCCCAGUAUCUGCUUGACCAUGGGGUAAAACUCAACCAUCAUGACGAGAAGAAUGUGCUCCUGGAGUUCAAUACCAAUCAACACUUCGUGUUCCCCGAGGGUGGUGGUCAUGCAAUUAUCAAUGCCCUCUUCGACCAUAUCCGCAAGUUCGAUGGUGUUACAAUCAUGUGGGAGACGCAAGCAGAACAGUUGCUGACCCACGAUGACGGGUCUGUUUGCGGCGUCAAAGUUCGAAAGGCUGAUGGACACAUGACAAAAGUCCACGGUAAGAAAGUCAUGUUGGCUUGCGGCGGGUUCGAGGGAAACCGUGAAAUGUUAGCCAAAUAUGUCGGACCGAGAACAGAACACCUCGAGCUUAUCGCACCGGGCCUCAAGUACAACACCGGCUUCGGUUUGAGGAUGGGGUUGGAAGUUGGUGCUGCUGUUGCAGGUUCCAUGAGCGGCAUGCACUGCGAAUUGGUCGACACCCGAGCCAAGAAGCCCGAUGCUGUGAUCUGGGGCCACAAUUAUGGUAUCGUUGUGAACGAGAACUGCAAGCGUUUCUAUGACGAAGGCAAACGACACCUCUUUGCGACGUUCGAGAUGAUUGCCCUUGAGACCUGGAGAGACCAUAACCAGAAAUCAUACUUCAUCACUGACAGUCCGAUCAUGGACCGCUUCCGCCCAGGCUGGGUCUAUGACACCACUGACCAAGAGCCCGAGAAAAGUGAAACCAUCGAAGGGUUGGCCGAAAAGCUCGGACUGGAUCCGAAAGAGCUGAAAAAGACAGUGGAUGAGUAUAACGCGGCCAUCAACGACAAGGAGUUCAACCUGAUGGCACUUGAUGGUAAGAGGACACACGGUCUCAAUCCCGACAAGACCAACUGGGCCAACCCUAUCACCAAACCCCCUUACUACGGAUAUCCAAUGAAAGCACAACUUACCUUCACCUAUGGUGGACUCAAGUGUGACCUUGACUCGAGGGUGCUUUCGACGACUGGGGUUCCAAUUCCAGGCCUGUACUGUGCUGGGGAAUUGAGCGGCUUGUUCUACAACGAGGUGAGUCCAUUCUUUCGACGUCAAAGCCUUGAUGCUGAUCCAGAGAUCCAGUAUCCGCCCGCAACGAGUGUUCUCCGCUCGCUCACUUUUGGCCGGAUUGCUGGUCGCGAUGCUGCUCAGGCUCUGUAA